UAAGAUUUCCGUGUAUAAACAGAGUGCAAUGAGCCUAGAAUUGAUGGUAAACUUAGAAAAAGCAACUUUGGAUGGGCGCUUGCUGUAGGAUGGCUUUCCCUAGCUGCCUUUGCUCUGUACGUGCCUUAACAACCACAACGCUGUUAUGCAGUCGGCCGGUAGAGGGCAGUGUGUUCAUGGAGACGCCGGCUUGUCCCGGUCUGCUGUCACUGCUGCAGUGUUGGGUUUUGCCUUGCUGGCCUCCAGUUACCAUGGGUAUACCAGUUUUCAUACUUGCUGGUCUCCUUGUGCAUUUUGUCUUCUUGGCCUCUAUUUUUGACAUCUACUUCAGCUCCCCUCUGGUCCAUGGUAUGACUCCUCAGCAAACUCCACUGCCACCUCCAGCAAAGCGCCUGGUACUCUUUGUUGCUGAUGGUCUGCGGGCAGAUUCUCUGUUUGAAUUGAAUAGCAACAAUACUCCCCAGGCACCUUACCUGCGUGCUAUUCUGGAGAAUAAUGGCAGCUGGGGCAUCUCUCACACCCGAGUCCCAACAGAAUCCAGACCAGGGCAUGUUGCGCUGAUAGCUGGGUUUUAUGAAGAUGUCAGUGCAGUUGCUAAAGGAUGGAAGGAGAAUCCUGUGGAAUUUGACUCAGUUUUCAAUGAAAGCAAAUACACGUGGAGCUGGGGAAGCCCAGAUAUUUUGCCAAUGUUUGCAAAAGGUGCUACUGGAGAUCAUGUUUAUACAUUUUGUUACACAGCUGAAAGUGAAGACUUUGGAGCACAAGAUGCGACCAAACUUGACACCUGGGUAUUUGAUCAUGUUAAGAGCUUCUUUAAUUCUUCCAGAAGUAAUCAAACAUUGUUCUCUGCACUAAAUGAAGAAAAAGUGGUCCUGUUCUUGCAUUUGCUUGGCAUAGAUACAAAUGGACAUGCUCAUCGGCCAUACUCAAAGGAAUACAAGGAGAAUAUUAGAAAAGUUGAUGAGGGUGUAAAAGAAAUUGUUUCAAUGCUUGAAAGCUUCUACGGAAAUGAUGGAAAAACUGCAUAUAUCUUAACUUCUGACCAUGGAAUGACAGAUUGGGGAUCCCAUGGAGCUGGUCAUCCCUCAGAGACUUUAACACCACUGAUUGCCUGGGGUGCUGGAGUGAAUUAUCCACAGAAAGUCACAUCCCAGCUCUUUGAAGACAAUUUUUUGAAAGAAUGGAAGCUGGAGAAUCUGAAGAGAAUGGAUGUCAAUCAGGCUGACAUAGCACCACUGAUGGCUUCCCUUAUUGGUGUUCCUUUCCCCUUGAAUUCUGUGGGAACCCUACCUCUGGAAUACCUGAACAAUAGUAAUCAUUUCAAAGCAGAGAGCAUGUUUACCAAUGCUCUUCAGGUUCUCGAGCAAUUUAAGGUUAAAAUGAGUCAGAAAAAGAGAACUACAUUGUCAUUUCUGUUCACACCAUUUAAACCACUUUCUGAUUCUGAACAGAUCAACUUUUUAAAGAAAGCAAGAGUAUAUAUUCAGCAACAAAAGUACAAUGAAGCAGUAUCUCUGUGCAAAACCCUGAUUAACCUUGCUUUGGAAGGCCUGUCAUAUUACCAUACUUAUGACAGGUUAUUCCUGGGCCUAAGCAUUGCACUAAGUUUUGUGGGCUGGACGACUUACGUGAUUCUGGUGAUUAUCAAGACUCACACCAAUCUGAUUAAGGCUACUCGGAAUAAUAAUAAGGAAUCUACUGGUCCCUUGUAUGGUUUUACAUUUGUUGGGAUGAUAAUAGCUUUUUUCCUGUUGAUUCAAACAAGCCCUUGGACGUACUAUGUGUACUGUCUGUUGCCAGUACCCAUAUGGUAUGCAGUUGUGAGAGAACUUCGUGUUAUUCAAGACCCUGCUGCAAAUCUCUGGUCAUUUCCUAUUGGUCAGUCUCUGGGCUUCCUGUUGAUUUGUAUACUGGGAAUUGAACUACUAGUUUUCAGCUUUUUCUACCGCUCUACACUUACUGUGGGUCUUCUUGUCUUUGCUGGCUGGCCAGUGAUCACACAGCUGUGGAUUCAAGCAAAGAGAACAACAUUGAUCUGGACUCUUCUGUGUGUGCUCCUGGCAGUAUUUCCUUUAAUGCCUGUUGUAGGAAGAGAACCAAACAUUCCUCUGGUGAUAUUAAAGAUAAGGAGAUGGUGGAAGAAAAGAUACAACAAGAUGAAAUUAAAGUGCCAAGUAGCAGCUGGUUUGACGACACUUUUGAUCUCUUGCUUCUCCUUAGCAUCCUUUUCUAGAAGUAAAAAUAAAUACCAAAGUAAAGAAGAUCUGAAAGUAUAUUUUUAUCAGAUGUUCAGUAUUGCACUUUCAACAUAUGUUGUGAGCAGUACUCAUAACAGUCUUAAAAACAAGCAAGGAUUGCCUGUAUUCAAUCAAAUUAUCAGUUGGACGACUCUAGCUUCUUCCUCUGCAUUGCCAUUACUGAGUCCCACGUUGCUCUUCCAGCGACUGUUCAGCAUACUGCUUUCACUGAUGGCCACCUACCUGCUCCUCAGCACAGGAUAUGAAGCUCUAUUUCCACUGGUGCUCUCUGGUUUGAUGUUGGUGUGGAUACAGAUGGAACAAGAAGCAUUGCAGCACUAUGGCCUUUCACUCAAACCAAAGCUUGCUGUUUUCAACUUCGCCUAUGCUACUGAUAUAACUCAAUUUCGACAGCUCCACCUAGACGACAUCCGCAGGUCUUUCUUCUUUGUUUUCUUCAUAGUGACAGCCUUUUUUGGCACUGGAAACAUAGCUUCCGUUAACAGUUUUGAUCCUGCGUCUGUCUAUUGUUUCCUGACUGUGUUCAGUCCCUUUAUAAUGGGAGGCUUGCUUCUGUUGAAGGUUGUAAUACCAUUUCUUCUGGUAUCAUGUGCUUUUGAAGCUGUUCAAGUCACAACACAGCUGUCAUCUAAGAGCCUUUUCCUCAUUGUUCUUGUGAUUUCAGACAUUAUGGCUUUGCACUUUUUCUUUUUGGUUAAAGAUUAUGGAAGCUGGCUUGACAUAGGAACAAGCAUUAGCCACUAUGUGCUGGUGAUGUCGUUGACCAUAUUUAUGAUGCUGAUGAAUGGACUGGCCCAGCUGCUAACUACAAAGAGACUUGAACUUUCCAGAAGGACUAAGCACCAUUCUACGUGAUAAAGCAAUAAAUGUUCCUGCUCUUAAGUUCACCCUCUGGCUUCCUCUGAACCAACUUCCACUUCUGUAAUGUAAAUAUAAGUUAAUGGACUUGAGUGCCAAAAUCCCAUCCUGGAUCAGAGCGCACUGCUGACAGAAUCAUACUGUCCUAUGACUGAAAUUUGUAUUUGGAGAUUGUCAUUUAGACAUCAGUUGGGGUGAAACAACCUUGGCUUUAUUCUCUAAGUGCACAUAUUUUAUCGAAAAUAAAAACAACUACAAAUACAAAGUCCUAUUUAAAAGAAAUAGGCAAUCAUUUUUUGUCGGUUUUUUUUUUUCCAGUUGUUAGAACUUUUCUGCCAGCUGUUUAUCUCAUGUGCAUACUUUCAUUUGGAGUCUGCAAAGUCCUAUCUUCAUUGCAUGUCUCUCAUAAGCGCCUCUCAGACUAAACCAUGAAUAAAAUCAGUCUGGGCA